GUUAUCAUUACCAAAUAUAUCAGACUGGCCUAGCUAGCUAAAUUCGCUGUAUAUUUCACUAUUUUCAACGUAAAUAUGAUUACCAUUACUCCUUCUUAAGUGUGUUCUGUGAUGGUCUGUGUUAGACGUCAUAGUCGUUGCUUAGCUGGCUCGCUAGCUGCGGAAGUUAAGCGAAAGUUGGCUAGCUAGCUGGCUGGGGAGCUAAAAGCGCAGGGGGCAUCUGCUUUUCUGCUCUUUCAAGAUAAUGGAGCCAACAAAGAUGAGGCUGAGGACACGAAAGAAGGCUGGCUCGGACAAGGCCUUGCAGGCAAUGACAGCAGAGGCAUCCCCUGACUCAAAGUGCCCAAUCUGCCUGGACAGAUUCAACAACAUGGCAUACCUGGACCGCUGCCUGCACAAGUUUUGCUUCCGUUGCAUCCACGAGUGGUCCAAGAACAAAGCCGAAUGCCCCCUGUGCAAGCAGGGCUUCAACUCCAUAUUCCACACCAUAAAGGCCGAGAACGACUUCAAGGAGUUUGUCCUGAGGCCGGUGGAGAACGGCUCUUUCGGGAGUCCCGGGGGCCACCGCUUCAGGUACCGCACCACGCUGACGAGGGAGAGGCGUGACGCCCGGCAGAUCACGUCCACGCCCCCCGACAACGGGGUGAUCUUCGAAGGGCUGGCCGCGGCCGUCCCGCCACAGGCGGACAGGGGGGUGCGGCGCAUGAUGACCCGGCUGGCAGCGAGGAGGAGGGCGCAGAGCGAGGGCCGGACGCUGCGUGCCCUACGGGAGCAGGAGGUGAUCAGGUUCCGCCGGGCGCUGUACCGCACGGGCGUGCGGGUGCGGAGCGUGCGAGACGGCGGCCGUUUCCGGGACACCUCGGCCGAAUUCUACCAGAGGAACCCGGCGUGCCUCCACCGGCUGAUCCCCUGGCUGAAGAGGGAGCUGACGGUCCUCUACGGUGCCCACGGCUCCUUGGUCAACAUCGUGCAGCACAUCAUCAUGUCCUGGAUCACCCGGUACGACAUGGAGGACCAGGCCAUGCAGGAGGAGCUGCGGCCCUUCCUGCUGGCGCGCACCGACCACUUCCUGCACGAGUUCAUCAGCUUUGCGCGCUCACCAUUCAACAUGGAGGCUUACGACCAGCACGCCGUCUACGACUGCCCUGCCCCGUCCUCCCUGGAGGACAGCAGCUCGGACGCCUCGGUGAUUGCUAUAUCGGAGGACGAGGACGAGCUGGACCUGCGGCGGGGCCCCGGGGCCGGCGGAGAGCUGGGCCAGGCGCCGUGGGACGACGAGACUCCUGGACCAUCGUACUCGACGGCUGAGCAGGCGACGCCCAUGCCCCUGGCGGACAGCGAAUCGGAGUCUGAGAGUGGGGCAGAGGAGCGGGCUGGGCCCGGGGCCGGUCCCCUGCAAGACCCUCAGGGGCCCGUGGACCCUGCGGCAGGGAAGGAUGGGGCGGACUCCACCGGCGAGGAAGACUGCGUCAUCGUCGGCUAUGUCAAGCCCAUGGUUGAACGGACGCCGGAGCUCGUCCAGCUUUCCUCAGACACGGAGGAGUCCGUCCGUGACAACAGCCCAGAGGCCUUUCCCCAGCCCCAACACAUCCGCUUCCAGAGCCUCAGCCCCCCCUCCUCCACUGCCUCCAAACCCAAGUCCCCCACCCAGAGGCGGGCUCGCUCCCGCGAGAGAACAGAGGCCAAAGACGGCGACCGCACCUCUGUCGCACCUGACGGCAGGCGGCCGUCUUCCCCCUGGGGUUCCCCUCCUCCAGACCGACGUGGAACCUCCAGGGAGACUGAUUCCAAAAGUGACAAACAUCACCGAAAGGACAAGUGCGACCGUGACAAGAGGCACCGGAAACGGGACGUGUCCAGGAGGAGACGGAAGUCCAGGAGCAGAGAAAGGCGGGCCCUCGAUGGGACACGGAGGUGGUCCAGGAGCCCCACGAUAUCCAUACGGAGCGACAGCACGCUCUCCAGAGGCGUGGGCCGCUCAAGGUCGCGGAGCAGGGACCGCCGGCCCUCCAGAGACGGGGCGCGUGAGGAGAGGAGGGGCAGGGACGGCAGUGGCUCUGGGCGCGGUCGGGAGAAACGGUCGCGCUCGCGCUGCCGGGACUCCCACAGAGGCCACACCCGGGAGAGGGACCUCGGCCACGCUCCAUACGGCCAGAGCAGGUCGCACUACCCCAGCGACCCCAAGAACCCUGACCGCUGGAGGCAGUCUCGCUCCCGGAGCAGGACCCCCCCGGGCCCCCGCCGCAGGGACAGGAGGCGCUCCAGAAGCCGCUCCAGUGCCAGCUCCCGCUCCGCGCACCGGAGCUCCCGGCACGACAAGCCGGGAGGGAAAAGGAAGUACAAGACCCGGCACCUGGAGGACGUGCCCAGGGACCGGUCCCACGAACCCUGCGCUCCGUCCUCCCCUUCCCCCAGCUCCCGCGCCAAAGAAAAGAGGCCCGGCGGGGAGAAGCACCACAGCCGGUCCCAGGGGAACAGCCGGAGCCCCAGCGUGGAGAUCGUCUACGAGGGCAGGGCCUCGGGGGAGAGCAGGAGACGCCACAAGAAGAAGAAGAAGCACAAAAAGAAGAGCAGAAGGAGGAAGACCCAGGAGCCCAGCGUCAUCACCAUCGACAGCGACAGCGAAGCCGCCCCCCUUGACCUCCGCUGCCCGGAAAGCAGCGAUGAAGCGUCCGCCACUCCCGGAAACCCUGGCAACACGCAGCUGCUGGAAGCCGUCUUACAGACCUGGGAAGGGCCCACUCGGCCUGCCAGUCAGGAGAGCAGCGUGGAGGUUUUGAAAGACGGGGCAGCUUUUACCGCAGAUAACGCAAAGCACGAUGUGCCAAUCGGCAUUUGCGAACGGACUCGUACAUCCCCCAAGGAUGAGACUUCCAGCACCUCCAAAAUAAGCACUGAGAGCAAUUUGUUGAGUUGUUUGUGAAAUCUGUCUUAAGACAAAGUAUGGAAGCAUAGGCUAAAAGUACUCAAUGCACACUUUCAUCUGUUUAUUUUCUUACAAGGCCAUUAUAUACUUGAACUGCCAAAUUAUCUCAUUCAAUAUUUUCAGAUGAAUGCCAUUUUACUAACCAUUCAUUAUAUAAUGUUCAUUUUGCUGUGCUAUACUCAGGGAAAAGAUUCACAUGUAGCUGCCCCUGGUAGAUUUUUACCACCUUUUCUGAGUUAAAUCAUCUACUGGCAGUUUGAGAAACCUUGUGAAAUUUAAGACCGAAACCACAGACAUUGCAUAUAACUAAUGCCAAGGAUUGGAGUGUAUUAGUGACUUUUUAAUUGCAUCUCCAGGAUUAAUUUGGUUAAAUGGAAAAAUCAAUCCGUGUUUUAAUUACUGUUAGACUAAAAAUAAUACACUAUUGUUAAUGCCACAAUCAUAGUGGCUCACUGUUCUUGCUAUCAAAGCAAGUGUGUAAGGAAUGAUUCCAAUUCAAGAUGGUUGCCAGUAGCACUGUCAGAAUGUUUGCAACACACUCAGAAACUGCAGUAGUGUAACUACCAUGCAAUUCUAGUUGAGACAAGUCGACAACCUAUUUGGUGCUAUCAGUAUUUUCUCAGAAUUGUAUUCCACUGUUCUUAUAUGAAUAUACACAUUAUUUCCAACAAGACACUGUGUAAAGGCAUGGAAUUAAACUAACAUAAUACCA